CUUAGUUUUCUCUUCACUUCAUGCACGUGCCUAUGAUGCUGCAAUGCUUCAAUUGCAGAAAUCACUUAAGAGGUCAGUUUGCCUGAAGAAUGCUAUUGGUUUUUGGUUUUAGAAGUACGUAGCUUUUAAACAGGUAUAGUGCCGUGACUCUUACGCAACUCGGCUGCCUUUUCUCUGCUUGUUUUGCUCCCUCGGAGCCUGAGGGCAGCCCAGGGUCUGCUGAGCCUCCACAGCGCCCUGCAUGGCCAGGGGCGGAGUGACGCGGCGCCGUUACCACGGGGACGCUUGGGGCGGCCGCCCUCCUCCGGCCCUCCCUGGUUUGCCCGGCGUUAGCUGCGUUGCGCUCCGCCUGAAGCUUCGUUGGGAGGGCCGGGGCCGUGCCAGGCAGUUUGUGCCGAUUUGUGUCGAACGCCUCGAGAGAAAGGUCGUGCGUCUGGGAGGCCGCCUCAGCGAGUCCUGCGCGUACACAGCGCGGGGGUGGAGACCAGACACAAGUGCUGCUCGGGGUCCUCGCCCACCAGAGGUGCCGUGCCUAGAUCUAGGGAAGCUGGGAGAUUCUGAUGAUGAGGAUGGGAACUCUUACGUACCAUGCAGUAGAAGUUUUCCUCACACACACUCUCUAAAUUCAUCUUCGGAUUGGAGAACAUCAUUAGAAAUGCCACGUGGGCAGCAUCUACCAUCUCAACAGAGGACACUACCAGAAAAUCUGCCAACCCCUACAGACAAAUAUAAACAGAAGUAUCGUCAGUAUGAAGCAGAUAUGAAGGAAGAGUAUAAGCAGUACUCUGAGAGAACUGCAGAAAAGAAAAGAAACCACCUCCAGUGUCCAGAAGCUUCAGUAAAGGGUUCACAGUUUGAAGAUGGGCACAAUGAUGAUCGUACAGCUCUUGAUGAGAAAGCUCUCCUGCAGCAAUGCUACACAAGCAAACCCUACAAUACGCAACACAAUAUGAGGAAAUCAGAAGCUGAGGAUGUUGCUGCAGAGAAAAAGAAACAGGCUGUAGUAGAACAAGUGAUGCUAGAUCAGUUAUGCAGAGCUGUCAUAAGUGAUCCAGAACAAUCCACACGAGGUGAUGUUUCCAAGGAAGCUCAUGGACAUUUGGGACUUGGGACUGCACCCGUGCGUUUUAGAAAAAGAACACUGCAUGAAACAAAAAUAAGGACUAAAUCAGGAUUAACUGAAAACAUGCUUUCUAACAAGCUACGCUUUGAUAGUAGGAUUAUAUCCAGAAAUGGUCGUGAUGCUUGUAGGGACUUGAUUGGAUUCUUUUUCACAUGUGACAGAUCCCUUACUGUAUAUGAAUUCCGCCAGUUUGGAAAAAAUAGAACAAAUGCCUUGCCUUUCAUUCAGAAGGGGGUUUAUCAUCAUCAGCGAGGACAAAAGAAGGGAGAAGCUUAUGAUCUCAGUGAUUUCUACAUCGGAGCUAACCUAACUUUCCAAAGUGUUGAUCAUAAUCUUCCAAAAAGCAUCAAGCAGAAUCCAAUUCUGACCCUCCGUGUAAUAGGUAUUGAUGAAGCUGCUAUGGAUUUUCUGAAAGGUUCCUCCUUGAAAUUCAACCAAGAAUAUUCUGAGCAAUUGAUUGAUGACGGCAGGGUGUUCAAGAAAAUUCAAGGUAUGCUCAGAAAGACAUUAAGUAAAAGAGGAGUUAGAGUUGUAACAGGCUUAGGAAAGUAUUUCCGACACAUAGACAAGAAUGGAAAUGGGUUUCUUUCUCAGGCAGACUUUAAAGAAGCUCUAAAACUAUUCCAUUUGGAAGUGUCUGAACAGGACUUUGAAUCCUUAUGGCUUAUUCUUGAUGAUAGCAAGAGUGAUAAAGUCGACUAUGGAGAAUUUAUUCAUGCUAUAGCUGGAGAAAUGAAUGAAUAUCGGAAAGCAUUUGUAAGAAAAGCUUAUAUGAAACUAGAUUUCAACAAAACUGGAAGUGUUCCCAUGGUAGACAUCAGAAAAUGUUACUGUGCAAAGAAACAUCCUCUAGUGUUGGCAGGCAAAGCUACAGAAGAAGAAAUUAAAUUGUCAUUUCUAGAGACAUUAGGAGAAUCCUGCAGCAAUCCUGAAGAAGUGUCCUAUUCUGAGUUUGAAGAUUACUAUGAAGGAUUAAGUAUUGGAAUCACAGAUGAUGAUGAUUUUGUUAACAUCUUAAGGAACCCUUGGGGAAUUUAGAGUGGAAGAAGACAAAAAUGAGGGAGAGACUCCUCCGAAACAAAAAGAGAGCUACACCAGGGAGGAUUUGAUCAUGAUGUGCAUUGCUUAAUAAUUAUUGCUUUAUAUUGAUUUCAAGGACUGAAAAUUUCAGAUGCUUUCAGAAUCAUACAAAACGUGGUAAGUUUCUUAGAGUGUCUGUUGAGCAGAGAUGACCACUGUUUUAAUGUAAAUGCUCUUUAUGCACCUUUAUGGCCUGUUCCCCAUACCAGGAGCAUCAUUUAGUGGAUGUUUAAACAAAGAGACUUAUUUUAAAAGUAAGUGGAAUAGAAUACUAAAAUGUAUAUAUGAGUAAUGCAAGAAAAAAAACAGUUUUAUGAUUGUUUUGACAGUGUAGACACAUGAUAUCUUUUUUUUUCAGUUUUAUUUUAUAAAAAUAGUAUAAUUGCUCUUAAAACAUUAUUUGCUUUAUUUCUCCUUUACUGUGUUGGUGAUCAGCCUGGAAAAGGCCAUCUUCAUCCAAUUUGGAGGAUGUCUGCAGUAGUGAAAAUGCAGAGUUCACACAAAUUAAUUUUGAAACCAGUACCCAGAUCAUCUCUAUUGAUCUUAUUUUUCAUCUUGGUCAGGCAUCUGAAGCUGAAUGUUGAAUACCAAAAGCUUAAUAAGCACAAGUAUAUUUUCAGUAUCCAUCUGCCUAUAUUUUGCUAAAUUAUUUUCAAAUCAGAUUUGUAUGUAAAUAUCUGACUUCUAUAGUUUGAAUUGCUGAGACUUUUUUUUUUUAAUUAAGCAAUUAUAUCCUUUGUCAGACUGAUAUGCAGAAUUUCAUGUACUAAUUUAAAAGUAUAGACCAGAAAAAUCUAUAUUUAAAGAGCACCGUUACACCAAAAACUAAAUUCUGAAUUAAAAUAUUUCUUACUACUUCAGAUAUUCAGCCAGGUAAGCUUUUCUCUAUAAUACAUCCUUUUAAUUCUGUAAGGUUAAUUGUGUUAACUAAUAAAAAAUGUGUUAUUAAUAAAUUAUGUAUGUAUGCAUUGAUGCCUUUGGUUUCAGUGUAUCUCUCACCAAAAUUAACAGUGUGUUGAACUGCAUUUCUUAAGCUUAUGCAAUUACAGUAUAUUCCUUUUCCCCUUACUUGUCUGACCAGUUUUGAAUAUAUAGCUUGGGGUUUGGAGGACUUUCCUCUGAAACAGAAUUUGUGUUCUACAGAAAUUUAAGGACAGUGCUGAAAUGAGGGACUUUAGACCCUCUGUGUCCUACUGGUUUGUUCUAGAUAUAGCAUUUUUGUGUUCUAAUUACUUGUGUUUUUGUUAUCAUCUGAAUAUCUGUAGCCUGACCUCUCUUGUAAUUAGAGUUGCAGUUUCUGCUCUAAACCUUCAACUGAAGGAUUUUUUUUUCCAGUUCUUUUGAGGCUGCAGAUACCUGCGUUGGUUUACGAAACAAGGCAAAAUUCUGUCAAUGCUUAUUCUAAGAAGAGUUCUGAUGUGGCUCAUUACAAUCUUUUUAUUCCCCAUUCUUGCUGAAAUUUCUCUUGCUGGUAAGGUUUUGUCAAUUGGUCGUGGAACUGGUGAUUCUGAAAUGGACAUGCUCAGCAGGAGAUGCACGGGUCAUAUGUGCUGCAAAUUAAGUGCUUUUUAAAAUUUUGUUCUUAGCACAAAAAUUAGGUGAAUGAUGUACAUGAAUGAUAUUUCUAUAAUUUUUGUAGUAAUGCUUCAUCUGAAGUCAGAAUUUUAAUUGGUUAAUCUGCAAUAAACUCUAAAGGUCAAAAAUUGUAUGUACGUACUUUGGUAAUUCUGAAAAUCCUGCUAGGUAUUUCAUUUCUAUUAACUUCAAGGUCAGUUACACAUCAGUGGCUGCCUCUAAACAUCAGCUAUGAUGUCUCUGAAUUUUUAAUGGAGUUUCACAAAAGCUCCUUUUUUAAAAAGUCAUUUUCCAUUUGCCUGCUGUUAUUUGUUCUGUCAGCUUAAGAAAGUGGCAAAAAUUGACACAAACUUCUAUGCAAAUGUGGCACACCUUGCUCACAAUUACUAGUGAAACCAGAAGGACUGAAACUGUAUUCAAACCAAGGUCUGUGACAUCUGAUUCUUUUUGUUUUCUGUAUUGGAAGCAAGCAUCCAUCAGUGCUGUAGAUAUUGGUCUAUACUGUUCCUCUUUGGAAAUCAAAUAGCAAAGAAAGGCAGGGCAGCAGCGCAAUUCUAUAAACCCCAACAGGUUUUCUUUUUCUCUAAGUAUCUAAUAAGUUUGUUUGUUUGUUUGAAGGAGCUUGAAAUCUGCUUUUAUUGAUGAAUUAUUCAGACCUGAGAAUAUCCAACCGUUGUGAUCUGUAUUUUUGUGUUCCAGUAUUCAGAAAAGCUGUCAAAAGACGUUCUUAGUAACAGCGGUCUCAGUGCUCUGCUUAAUUGUGUUCUGAUUUGUUCUUUUUUAAUUGUGAAUCAUUUGAUGAACCCGAAGCCUUUUCUUUGGUCAACGCUUUGUAACUUUAACACUUUCUGGAUAUAUCUGCUAGGGCUUAAUGCCUCUAAAUGUGUUUUAACAAAACUCUUUUCUGUACUUCGUGCUUUAGUAUCUCAAAGUUGCUUAUGUUUUCUGAAUUAGAAUGUGUUUUUAAACAUCGUGUUCUCAGUCACAGAACUGGCUUCUUUCCUUAAAAUUAAUAGAAAC